AUGCAGGCUUUCGUCCCCAAGAACAGAAGGCCUCGAUUUGAGCUAGUCUUAAGAAUUAGCGACAUCAACAAUGUUCCUUUGGGCAACGGCGCAGCUUGGGUACGAUGGCGCUUGCCAUCAUCAAGUGCCACAUCAGAGCACCAGGGUCAUACUGAGAAAGCAACCCUAUCGGACCAUCGCGCGUACUGGAAUUACGAAAAGGCUCUCCAGGUUAGGCUUACCAUUGACAGAAACUCAAUGCUCCAGGAAUGCGAAAUGGUUUUUGAAGUCAUUCAGGAGUUCCACUCAUCCCCAACCAAUGAAAAGAUCACAUUGGGCAAGAUCAAACUCAAUCUUGCUGAAUAUGUGGACAAAGUUGAAGAGGAUGAGGGCGUUGUUAGACGAUACCUGUUGAUCGACAGCAAAGUUAACAGCACUGUGAAAAUUGGCAUUGCCAUGCGUCAGUUGGAGGGAGAUCGCAAUUUCACAACGCCUCCACUGAAAUCCGCCACUGUGUUUGGGGGUAUCGCAAGAGUUGUGCACGUCGCUGACCCCAGCGAUUCCGAAGAGAUGGGUCAUAUGCCAUCAAUCAACACCAAGAGCAGGGAAAUUGCGGACAUGCAAGAUAUCUAUCGCCGCACCCUCGCAGCCUCCUGGACAUCCCGAGCGUGCGACCUUCCAGCAGACAAAUUAGUCGAGGAGUUAUUUAGUGGGAGUUCCUGCUGGACCAGCAACAUCCAUAACAGUCCCGAUCUUUCAGGGAACGAACAAGGGUCUCCCUUCCUUGGUGUUGAUUCAGCAGUGAAGCAAACUCGAUCAGGAAAAAGAUUAUCGCCCAGUUUCGAAAGCCGGCGUCCCAAGAGCUCUUCCAGCAACCAUUCCCAUGGUAGCAGCAAAACCCCCAACACAGUCUCCUCACAUGGCCACCCUCGCAAUGAUGGUAGCCUCGAGCAGCAAUUGUAUGAUGGGGCAAAGGGACGUGGGUGGAAGAGCCAGAACGCCGACAACGAAAGGUGUGAAUUCGAUGUUCGUGAAGAUUUGAGAAGCUGGGAGGUGACAGCAACUGAAUAA